AAAUUUGAGAUUUUUUUUUGUGUGGUGUCACGAAAAAGAUGGUCAAAAUCAGUGAUUUUGGGAUUGUUACGGAGCGUUUGCAGUUCUGAGUGAAUAAUCCCGGAAAGAAAACUGUUAUAUCCGUUCAAAACGAGAACAGAAAUUGGCAGAUCAAAAUAACGAGUGAUCCAAGAAGAAACUAAAACUUCCAGAAAACAUGAGCCAGAUGGCGUUGCUAUCCAGGGGAAGAGUGCCUUCCCUGGUGGUGAUGGUGGCGGUGAUCUGCUGCUGGAUGCUGGCCACCACCACCCUCGUCGUGGAAGCCAAAUUGGCGGCUCGUGGCAAGUACGAGAUGAUGGCCACUCCAGCGUCCCCAUCGGCGAGCUCCUCAUCUUCCGGCAAGAACCCCGACGAGCACCGGGGCAUCAUCGACAACGUGAAGAUGAUGUUCGGUGGAGGAGCCUCCAACAGGGCACCGGCACACGAUACGCCGGCCAGUGCCUGCAGUUGUCGUUGCGGAGAACGGAACGAUGCGUCGAGAAUCGUCGGCGGUCAGCCAACGGGUAUCAACGAGUUCCCGUGGAUGGCCCGACUCAGCUACUUCAAUCGGUUCUACUGCGGCGGCAUGCUCAUCAACGACCGAUACGUGCUGACGGCGGCUCAUUGUGUCAAGGGCUUCAUGUGGUUCAUGAUCAAGGUGACGUUCGGCGAGCACAACCGCUGCGACGACUCGGUCCGGCCCGAAACGCGCUUCGUGCUGCGUGCGAUCGCGCAAAAGUUCAGCUUCCUCAACUUCGACAACGACAUCGCCCUGCUGCGGCUCAACGACCGUGUCCCGAUAACCGACUUCAUUCGGCCGAUCUGUCUGCCGUCCGACCCGUCCAAGACGUACGUCGGCACGAACGGCACCGUGACCGGCUGGGGCACCCUCAAGGAGGACGGCAAACCGUCCUGCACGCUGCAGGAGGUUGAAGUCCCGGUCAUCGCGAACCACGUGUGCAGCAGCGAAACCAACUACACCUCGUCGAUGAUUACGGACAACAUGAUGUGCGCGGGCUACCUGGGCGUCGGUGGCCGCGACUCGUGCCAGGGCGAUUCCGGCGGUCCGCUGAUUGCGGCCCGACCCGACAAGCGGUACGAGCUGAUCGGAGUGGUCUCGUGGGGCAACGGGUGUGCCCGGCCGUACUACCCGGGAGUUUACACCCGAGUCACGCAGUAUCUGAACUGGAUCAAGGAGAACUCCAAGGAUGGGUGCUUCUGCAGCGAAUGAGUGACGCAGCGUGCGAGCGCGAUGAGAGGAUAAGUGACUGGAGUGUGAGUGCGAGAGUGGAUGAGUUACAUGAUACGGGAGCGCAUUGCUUCCUAACAGCAUUUCUGUGAAACAGCAACGGGAGUUUAGUUAAGCCAUUUAGCGCGUGUGAAAUUUAAUUCUUUUAACUCUAACGAAUCCAUGCAGACCUAGUCUCCCACAUCUGUUCCGGGAAACUGCUCUGCAAUUCGGUAUAACCAAUCGAUAGGCGUAGAUCAAUUACGGCCUAGUGAAACGAAACAAACAAAAAAUGACGCGUAACAACAAAGCUAGAACGAAUCUCGAAAGACUUGGGCAAUAAAUUACAGAGGAAGAAAAAAAAAUAACAAAAUGAAGUGGCAACCUUAAGCUAUAAGUAACCGAAUUAAUUUAUAGAACCAAUGUGUAUGAAUAAAAAAGCGCAUCGAAAUACUCUAAAA